CCUCCCCUGACUGCAGAGUAUACAGGGCACAGUGGCCCCUUGGCUCAGAGACUGGCACAGAAACCCAUCGGACUUCCUCUGCUUAUCACUGCGGUCAUCAGACACCAGAUCUACAGUGACAAGAAGCCGCAGACUGCUGAAAUCUUCCCACUGAUUAGGAGCAAGAUGAUUCUAGCAGCGGCUGUGUUGUCCAGUUUGCUUCUGGCGACUAGAGCUUUUCCCAUUGAUGAUCCAGAAGACAAGGGAAAGCACUGGGUUGUGCUGGUUGCAGGGUCAAAUGGAUGGUACAACUACCGGCAUCAGGCGGACUUGUGCCAUGCCUACCAAAUAGUCAAGAGGAACGGGAUCCCUGAUGAGCAGAUUGUAGUAAUGAUGUUUGACGACAUUGCAGAUAAUGAAGAAAAUCCAACCAAAGGAAUCAUUAUUAACAGACCCAACGGCACAGAUGUGUAUGCUGGGGUUCCAAAGGAUUACACAGGAGAGAAUGUUACACCCAAGAAUUUUCUAGCUGUUCUAAAAGGUGAUGCUGAAGCCGUAAAGGGAAAAGGAUCAGGAAAAGUCAUUCACAGCGGUCCUGAUGAUCACGUGUUUGUGUACUUCACAGACCACGGAGCACCAGGCUUGUUGGCCUUUCCCGGAGAUGAUCUACACGCAAAGCAACUGAAUGAGACCAUACAGUACAUGAGUGACAAUCAAAAAUAUAAAAAGAUGGUGUUUUACAUUGAAGCCUGUGAAUCUGGUUCUAUGAUGAAUCAUCUACCAAAUAACAUUAAUGUAUAUGCAACAACAGCAGCCAACGCUCACGAAUCCUCAUAUGCUUGUUACUAUGAUGAGAAAAGGGACACUUACCUGGGAGAUCUCUAUAGCGUCAGCUGGAUGGAAGAUUCAGAUGCGGAAGACUUGAACAAAGAGACUAUACACAAGCAGUUUGUAUUGGUUAAGAAGCACACAAACACCAGCCACGUGAUGCAGUAUGGAAACAGGACUAUUUCCCAGAUGAAAGUGAGUCAAUUUCAGAGCAAUGGAAAAACAGUGGCUCGUCCCAUGUAUCUGGAACCUGUAAAAAACAUGGAUCUCACCCCCAGCCCAGAUGUCCCGCUAGCUAUUAUGAAAAGGAAACUCAUGGCCACAAAUAAUGUUAUGGAAGUCAGGAAACUCUUGUCAGAUAUAAGGUCACAUCAGGAGGCAAGAGCAAUAAUAAAAGAGUCAAUGAAGAAGAUUGUGUAUUUGGUGACAGAAUCAAAAGAGAUGGCGGAAGAAAUUCUGACUGACCAGCUGAUCAUUAAUGACCAUGUAUGCUAUAUGGGUGCCGCUGAGCACUUUAAACAGCGAUGCUACAACUGGCACAUUCCCUUAUAUGAAUACGCCAUGAGGCAGCUGUUUGCAUUGGUUAAUCUCUGUGAGGCUGGAUAUCCUCUGGAAAGGAUACAGCGAGUUAUGGAUAAAGUCUGCCUGGGCGAAAACUGACACAAGAAAUCUGCCUCUAUGCAGAGCUGGGAAGGUUGCACAGUGUGAUCUGCCAUGUAACCUUUAUCCUCUGACAUUAAUCGCAUCACCACCCUGAGAAUUAGCAGCUCUGCCAAACCUGCCUUUAUAUAGAGAGCUUGUUGCGCAGAAGAGAACUGUGCACCUUAAGGUUUAAUCGUAACUACUCCUGCACUACCAUGAAAUUCCUGACUGCUUCUUCAGGAUCAAUCAAAAUGUGUAUAUAAAUAUAGAUAAAGGGCAUCAGACCACUAAAGCACUGCAAACCAAAGCAAGGACAAUACAGGGUAGGUUUUCCAUUCAUUUCUAGAGGGACUGUAAUGCACUGCAGUCCACUGAAGCAGCUCCAAUGUGGUAAACGAAGAGUUAAAUCCCCAAACUGUCAGCUGAAGAUUUUAUUAAACUGUAUGAAACAGACCUGUAAAACUGAAACCUAUUGAACUGCGAAAUACUAAUAUUGUUCCUUACGCUGCUAAACCACCUCUCUGAUUUUGUCUUUUCUAGCAACCUGGACUGUUAUUUUAGUUAAAACAUUUAAUGAUAAAAAGAUUGUUUUUACUUCUUUAAUAUUUUUUUUAGAAUUAUUUUUUUUAGAUUUUAGAAUGUUUUUAAAUCAUAAACUCACCUUUAUGUUUUUUUUCCCCUAUUUAUGGGAAAAUAUUCAGAAAUUCUUACUUCUGUCAGUGCUGGAGUUAACUGUAGCACAUCCGUGGCUCACACAUUAGUAUGACCUGAUGAAGGAUCUGUGUUAUUACCACAAAUGUGUGUUGUAAUAUGUGCUGGAAUGUGUAAGAAGAAUAAAGAUAAUAUGAUGCUGAAAA